AUGCCAGUAUUGUCGACUUUGAGGCCAAGCAGGGCUUAUCUCGGUCAACUUGCCAGGUCGUACUCUUCCCAUCGUCCUAUAAUCCAACGCGCUUUGACCACCAGCUUCAUUCUCUACGUUCUCGGAACCACUUAUCGAGGUCUUUCAGCGAAACAAAGCUCGUCGAGUUCCCGCAAAGGAAAAGACAACAAAGGAGGGAAGGGAGGAGAUGCUGGCAAACCUCCCAGAGUCGCUGUAGAUGCAGUAUUCUAUGAACGCUUAUCGAAAAUCCUUCGAAUAGUUAUACCCAGCUUGCGAUCUAAAGAGGCUUUGCUACUCUUCAUGCAUUCGAGUCUGCUUAUAUUUCGUACAGCAAUAUCACUUUAUGUAGCAGCUCUCGAUGGAAAGAUUGUUGCUUCACUCGUGCGUGCUGAAACGCUGCCAUUCCUCUUUAAUAUCUCGCGCUGGCUCCUUGUCGCCAUUCCUGCGACAUGGACCAAUAGUUGGCUCAGUUAUGUGCAGAAUAAGCUUGCGAUUGCCUAUCGAACGCGCCUCACGAAGGAGGUACUUCACGAAUAUCUUGGAAACGAACAAGAGGAUCCCCAGGACAAAGUAUAUUACAAACUAUCUAACCUCGAUGAUCGUAUAAAGAAUCCUGAUCAAAUGAUCACUCAUGACAUCCAGCGUUUCUCCUCGCAUCUUGCUGCCAUCUACGCGAACAUGGCGAAACCUGUCCUUGACGUGAUCUUGUACAAUUAUCAAUUGUCUCAAAAUGUCGGCGCCGAGGGUCUCGUUCUGUUGACAGUGCUAGUACAACUGUCAGCUGCUUUGCUUCGUCGCAUGACUCCACCUUUUGGCGCGUACACAGCGCUGUCCGCUCAAUUAUCUGGGUCUUUGCGCCAUACACAUUCGCGUAUUGCUGAAUUCGCAGAAGAAAUUGCAUUCUUCGGAGGUGAAGAGGCUGAGAAAAUGCUGGUGGACCGAGAAUAUGCUGGGCUUGUCAUGCACGAGAACCGGGUCUUACAGGGUCGUUGGUGGCAUGGUUGUGUAGAAGAGGGGAUUGUGAAAUGGCUGUGGGGAAGCUUUGGACUGGUUAUUUGUGCAAUCCCGGUAUUCUUUAAAAUUCCAGGAGUGCAUGCUGUUGAUCUCGGAAGCCGGACAGAAGGCUUCGUAACAAAUCGUCGCUUAUUGCUCUCUGCAUCGGAUGCUUUUGGUCGUGUCAUGUACUCAUACAAAGAUCUCGCGGAACUCGCGGGCUACACUUCGCGCGUGUCUACACUUCUCGAUACGAUGAAAGACGCAAAGGAGGGCAAAUUUGAAAAAACGUUGGUUAGCAGCGCGAGUACGGAGGAGAACGCUCAAAUCCUGCAAGGCCGGGGACAAAUCAUCGAAUCAGAAGAGAUACGGUUUGAGGGCGUGCCCAUCGUCACACCUAAUGGCGACAUCUUGGUGAAGAGCUUAAGUUUCCAUGUCAAACCUGGCCAACACCUGCUGAUCGUCGGACCCAAUGGCUGUGGAAAAUCCUCGUUAUUCCGCAUCCUCGGGGGCCUCUGGCCCGUCUACGGUGGGACGGUCUACAAACCACCAGCGGACCGUUUCAUACUUAUCCCUCAACGGCCAUACCUCCCAAUCGGGACUCUUCGAGACCAAGUGAUCUAUCCUCACUCUAAAGUGGACAUGGAAAGACGGCAUAUUACCGACCAUGAUCUUCUUCGUAUCCUCUCUUUCGUGCGAAUGGAGAGCGUCGUGGAGCGAGAGGGGGGUUGGGAUGCUGCUAGAGAAUGGCGUGAUGCGCUGAGUGGAGGGGAUAAACAAAAGAUCGCGUGGGCCAGGUUAUUCUAUCACAAACCCAAGUACGCCGUUCUGGAUGAAGCGACAUCAUUAGUCCCCGCAGAUAUAGAGGGGUUGAUGAUGGACCACGCCACAGAACUCGGCAUCACGCUUCUGACAGUGUCACAUCGACCUUCCUUGUGGAAAUACCAUUCCAUGAUUUUGCAUUACGAUGGGCAGGGCGGAUAUGUCUUCACUAAGCUGAACGCUGAAAGGCGGUUGGCUCUACAAGAAGAGAAACAAGCAUUAGAGGUCAAGUUGCUUGAAGUACCGAAGAUGAAGGCACGUUUGUCGUUACUGUUGGAGACGACUGAGGGGUCCUGAAAGACGAUACAUCGAACUAAUGUAAUGAUGACAUGGGCUGUAUAGAAUCGCAUGAGGCAGCUUGCGUGUAUUACCGUACCGGAUAUAACGAUAUUUGACACACCC